GCCCCGGAAGUGCUUCGAAGGCGCCUGUCGCGGGAUCCCCUUUUCCCGGGCUGAGGAGAAAAGCCGUCCGAGGGGCGUCGUCGCGGGGUCCUGCGGGGGCAAAGGCGAAGGCUUCAGAUGAAGGAGAUGCUCCGCCUGCCAAGAAAGGCCCAAUUUUCUAUGGAAGUCUGGAAGAGAAAGAGCGUGAACGUCUCCUUAAGGGGGAGUCUGGGAUGUUGGGCAGGGAUGCUGUCAAAGCAGCUAUUGAAGCUGGCAACAUCAAUAUCACCACUGGUGACGUUUUUGACCUGGAAGACCAUAUCAGUGAGCGUCAGGCAGAAGUGCUGGCGGAGUUUGAGCGCCGGAAGCGGGCCCGGCAAAUCAACGUUUCCACAGAUGACUCUGAGGUCAAGGCCUGCCUGCGAGCCCUUGGGGAGCCCAUCACGCUUUUUGGGGAAGGGCCUGCAGAAAGGAGGGAGAGGCUACGUAACAUUCUCUCAGUGGUUGGCACAGAUGCCUUGAAAAAAACCAAGAAGGAUGAUGAAAAGUCCAAGAAAUCAAAAGAAGAGUAUCAACAAACGUGGUACCAUGAAGGACCAAAUACCUUAAAGACAGCCAGGCUGUGGAUUGCCAACUACUCACUCCCCCGGGCCAUGAAGCGGUUGGAUGAAGCACGGAUGUUCAAGGAGGUCCCAGAAGCCACACGGACAUCCCAGAAACAGGAACUGCACAAAUCUCUGCGGUCUCUGAAUAAUUUCUGCAGCCAAAUCGGCGAUGACCGGCCCAUCUCAUACUGCCACUUCAGUCCCAACUCCAAGCUCCUGGCUACAGCCUGCUGGAGUGGCCUCUGCAAACUGUGGUCCGUGCCAGACUGCAAUCUUGUCCACACGUUGCGAGGACAUAAUACAAAUGUGGGGUCGGUUGUCUUCCAUCCCAGUGCAACCAUCUCUCAGGACAAGAAGGACGUGAACCUGGCUUCCUGUGCAGCCGAUGGCUCGGUCAAGCUUUGGAGUCUUGAAAGCGAUGAGCCGGUGGCCGACAUCGAAGGGCACACGGUGAGAGUGGCGCGGGUGGCUUGGCAUCCCUCCGGCAGGUUCCUGGGCACCACCUGCUACGACCACUCGUGGCGUCUGUGGGACCUGGAAGCUCAGGAGGAGAUUCUGCACCAGGAGGGGCACAGCAAAGGGGUCUACGACAUCGCCUUCCACGUCGAUGGCUCCCUCGCCGGCACCGGUGGCCUCGAUGCCUUUGGCCGCGUGUGGGACCUGCGCACCGGGCGCUGCAUCAUGUUUUUGGAAGGCCACCUCAAGGAGAUCUACGGCAUCAGCUUUUCCCCCAAUGGGUACCACAUUGCCACCGGCAGCGGCGACAACACCUGCAAGGUCUGGGAUCUCUGCCAGAGGAAAUGCAUCUACACCAUUCCUGCCCAUCAGAGCCUGGUGACGGGGGUCUGGUUUGAACCCAAUCAUGGCAACUUCCUGCUCACCGGCGCCUACGACAACACAGCAAAGGUCUGGACACACCCCGGCUGGUCCCCGCUGAAAACCCUGGCGGGACAUGAAGGCAAAGUCAUGGGCUUGGACAUCUCCCAGGACGGGCAGCUGAUCGCCACGUGCUCCUACGACUGAACCUUCAAGCUGUGGAUGGCUGAGUAGGAGCGAUGUUCCUGCCGCCGCCGCCGCCGCUACUGCUGGACUGGCCCUUCCCAGCUUCCGUAGCAAAGGAAGGCACUGGCCGCCACAGCCUGGGCCCUGUCGGGGAAGCAGCCUGUCGACGCUGCCCGCCCCACGUCCUCGCUGGGGACCUUUGCUAGAAGAGCGUCUGCCCCUGCUGCUCCUGCCCAGCCCUCGGACCGGGCCCCGUCCCACCUCAGCAGCCCCCCGAGGGCAGGCAGAGGCCAGGGGGCCCUGUGUGCCUCGCCCUGCAGCGGUCUGGUGAGAUGCCGGUGGAGGGCUGCCCCCAGGCUCACUCAGCUUGUUCCUGGGCUUGGAGCGCCUUCCCCGUUGGACCAUUAUUCGUAUUAAAGCAGGCCACUGCCUGAAUUGCGAA